AGACGACGGAGAAGUAAGGAAGUAUUUUUAUAGUCAGGAGAUAUUUUCCGUGAAGACUGAAAGGACUGACACGACAAAGCAACAAAUAUGCGGCGACAAGGACAAGAUGUAAUGCAGGUUAACCUGGCUGGCAUCAGGCGAGACAUUGUCAAUCUUGCCCACAACUACAGCAAUGCUCAGAAAGCAGUGCGCAAGGCAACGAGCAACGAUCCUUGGGGCCCGAGUAGCACUCUCAUGGGAGAAAUUGCCGACCUCACCUACAACGUCGUCGCUUUCACGGAGAUCAUGCAGAUGCUAUGGAAGCGUCUCAACGACCAUGGCAAGAACUGGCGACACGUGUAUAAGGCCCUUGUGCUCCUGGAGUACCUCAUCAAGACCGGCACUGAGAAGGUCGCCCAACAAUGCAAGGAGAACAUCUACGCCAUUCAGACACUCAAAGAUUUUCAAUACAUGGAGGGACAUAAAGAUCAAGGGAUAAAUGUAAGAGAAAAAGCUAAGCAAUUGGUGGCCUUAUUAAGGGACGAUGAAAGAUUAAGAAACGAAAGAGCAAGAGCACUUAAAGCUAAAGAAAGAUUUGCACAGUCUCUCAGCGGUUUUGGUAGUGAUGGGAUUGAUACCGUUUCACCAGUUAGCAGCGACUUUCAAGAAUGGGAACCAUGUCAUCUGUCGGAAUCUUCAUCAAGACCCGAAUUGGAGGCUGCCAGGCCUCAAACAGUGGGAGAAGAAGAACUUCAACUGCAACUCGCCUUAGCAAUGUCGAGGGAAGAAGCUGAACAGGAAGAGCAAAGAAGGCGCAGCGAUGAUGUUAGGCUGCAAUUGGCACUUAGCCAAAGUCAACAAGACUUUAAAACACCUCAGGAGAAACAAAGUCACAUGCUCGAUCUACUCGAUGUGAAUUUGGGGGAGGCCAGUGGCACGAAUGCUCAACUUGAUCCUUGGGGAGUACCGAUACCAACGCCUCCACCUCCAAGACCUCAGACACAAAAUGAUCCAUGGUCUGCUCCAGCAACAAACAAUGGCACUACCGGAUCAGCGCUUGAUCCUUGGGCUCCAGUUUUACCACAACGACCGAGAUCUCCAGCUGCUACCGUCGAUCCUUGGCGAGCUCCUGCACCAUCCCCGGCAACAGUGACUCCAGUACCAGUACCACCCCGCGUACUGGAUCCUUGGGCUCCUGUUUCAACAACUGCAGAUACGAAACUGGCACCUAUUGGAUUUAAUAUAUCGUCAUCAACUGCCAAUUUUAGUUCGAAUAGUAAUGGAUUUAAUGGCUUAGGAUCGACUUUUAAUUCCACAUCUUCGAAUCAAGAAAAUAAUAGUCCACUUGGCGACCUCGAUGAAUUUGACGUUAUUAGCAAUAGAAAUAAAAUUGGUUCUAGCCCACAACCAAUAAAUAAUGGUAAUACAACUUCACCGGAUCCGUUUGAUUUACGAGGCCUCGUGGACACUAUGCCGCCUAGCACAGGUGCAGUGAAAAAGACUCCGCAAUCAUUUCUGGGUGAAAAUUCGGCUCUCGUAAAUCUCGAUAAUCUCGUAAGCGCAUCGUCGAUAAAAACUCCAGCACCAACACCAGCGGCACCCAUACCGUAUUCGGCAAAUCCAUUCGCACCGGUGACGCCUCCUCCACGUCCUUCGAUUAAUCAGAUUCGACUGGAUCCCUGGAGCAGUACGAACGCAAAUGCGACCUCGACACCGACAACGGCGGCCACGGCGAAUCCAUUCCUUUCGUAGCCGAUUGCCAAUGAGCAUCGCAACAUCCGUGCCGUCACUUCCCGCGCAGAGGAGUACGACGAUGCAUCGCACGCUUGAUAACAGCUAAAUAAUACGCGCAUAAGAUAACAAAACUUUUUCGAAAACGAAGCCCUGUGCGGUAUAAACAAUUAUCGAGUCAAAAGGCUUUGUUGCAAGUACGUUGUGUACAAGUUGGAGUACAAGAGAAUUAUCGCUGUUCUGCAAUCUCUGAAAUUAAAAGAUUAUGAAAACAUACAUUAGAACACACGU